AUGAAAGUAUUGGUUAUUGGCCUUGGAGGUGUAACAAAUGGGGGGAAAACAACGCUGGCAGAAAAGCUCAAGAAAGUGCUUCCCAACUGUGAUGUAAUCUCUCAAGAUGACUUCUUUAAGCCAGAGUCUGAAGUAGAAACAGAUGACCGUGGAUUUAAGCUGUAUGAUGAGCUUGAUGCCCUUUAUAUGGAUGAUUUGGUGAAAAGUAUUCACAAUUGGAUGAAAAGCCCAACAAGCUUAGGUAUUGUGACAGAAGAGUCUCAGAAUGCAUGUGACACUGUGAAAAAUGCAGAUGAUGUUUAUAUUUUGAUUGUUGAAGGCUUUCUACUAUACAAUUAUAAGCCACUUAAUGAACUAUGGAAUAGAAGAUACUUUUUGACCCUUCCUUAUGAAGAGUGCAAAAGGAGAAGAAGCACCAGAGUCUAUCAGCCAGCAGAUACACCAGGGUACUUCGAUGGACACGUGUGGCCUAUGUAUCUGAAAUAUAAAAAUGAAUUGGAAAAGAAUGCAAGUAACGUUGUUUAUUUGGAUGGAACAAAAUCCCAAGAGGAGCUUUUAUCCUGUGUGUAUACAGAUAUAAUGCAGGAAUUAAAAAAGAUGAGGAAAGGAACAGGUCACAGCAUGAUAAUGUAG